AUGGCACGACCACGUCUACACAACACUAAAGAAGAAAAGGCAGAAGCUGCACGCACUUAUAAACGAGCUUACUAUGCACGUCAUCGCGAUAAGCUAUGUGCACAAAAAAAGGAGAUAUACAAGGGGGAGGAAGAUACUAGUAAGCCUGCCACUGUAGGAAGGCCACACUCAUAUUAUAUGGCUGAGGAGAAGAUUGAAGCCGCACAUCGGUCCCGGAAAGCCUAUUAUGCUCGUAACCGUGAGGAGAUCCGUAUCAAAUGUCGGAACAAGUCAAAGUCAAAGGUCUUGGACAAUACCAGUAACCUCAAACCAGUGCGCUCAGUGCGAGAUGUGAACAGACGCAAAAACAAAUGCACAGCAUUGGUUGAGGGCCUUUGUGAGCUCUUCAUAGCAAACCCAGAUAAGCCAGAUUCAUUGGAUGUCCUGCGGUUGGCUCACAAUGGGUUGGAAGACCUCCUGCUGCAUGCACAAACUUUAGAAAAUGAUGUUCUUGAGAAAUGUGGGACAGGGCAGGACCUCAGUCGGGCACAUAGUUCUGUGUCUAAUACAUCAGCGACAAUCAGUGCGGAAAAGUCCAAACGGAAAAUUGUAUUGCUGUUACCCAUUAACCUUGGCAUCAAACGUGACGGAACCAUAUUUACAAAGAUGGCACCACAUACAUGGCUGACGCAGGAGCAACUGGCCUUCAAUACAACUUUUGAGGACAAGUACCUCGAAUGCCAAAAGAAGGGGAACUAUACCACUUUUUGGCAGCCCUUCUUCAAACAAUGGGAAGAGCGAUGGCCCGCGAGGGCUUCCUUGUUUCCAGGUAUUCCUAUGGAUCAAGCUCUCACUGCGGCUCAAUUAGAGGAGGACGACAAAUUCAGAGCUGCACUUCAGAAGCGCCUGAUUGUCAAAUUCCGCAAUGAUUAUGGUAAUUCAAAGCCUGGCCGCAAGGCAGCUGUGGCGGGCAAUUCGGCUGUCCACAAACUUCUCUCCAAUAUUGUUAAAGGACCCACGACUGGUCGGAAACGUCCUCUCAAGGAAACUGAAGUCUACGCUAAAAAGUACUAUGCUACUCGAGUCCAGGCCAGUGUUAAAGAUGAGCUCGAUGCCAUCAAAGAACAACCCAACGCCCCCGAUCCCAAGAAGACGAACAUUCGAGUGGUUCGAAAGCACGUUGACCGAUGCUGGGAGAAUGAGUCUGUUGAGGUGAAGGAAGAAAUAUCUCAAUUUACAAGAGAGAUGAGGGAAGAAGCGCAUGAGGCAGCAAAGGGGAGGAAAUUAUCCAAGGUGACUGAUGACCUAAUUAUACCGAGACUUACGGAAAUUCUCUCAACCUUCUUCGGAGAGCUUCAUGAGGCCACAGGAUGGACUUUCAGUGUCUUGCUCAGUGGCCCUGACCCAUCAAAUGAAGGGUCAACAAAGCUCGGUAACCGCUUUAACCACGUGUUUUCAAAGUUCAACGAGAAUGUUAUGCUGCCCUACUAUGAGUUUGUUUCUCAUGUUUUCCCUGAAGCUGGGACUUCAAAUAAAACAGUUGCCCAGAGUCUUGAGUGUGAAGAUCUCCGCAUUUCUGCCGCUCCAGACGGUAUUCCCACAAACAACGAUUCUCCAACACCUACAACUGUAGCACCUGAUACAUUACAUGGUUCACACCCUGCAUCCUUACAGCCAGACUCGGUAUCUAACUUCCCUUCCACGCGCCUAGCGCAAGAAGAGGUAGUCCCUGCACCACCUGAAGAGGAUUACUUGGAUUUUUUUCGACACCUGCCCCCCGCUCCCCAAGACAAUGAGAUCGACCAACAGAUGAACAUGCUCCUCUCCAUGAUGGAGGGCUAUGUACCCUUCUGUCCACCACUGCUAGCACCACUCACUUUAGACCCUAUGUCUGCCUCCACCGCAUUUCUCAAUCUGGAUUCAAAUCUUGAGAGUUUUGAUGAGGCCCUCAAAUCCAUGCAGUCCCAGAAAACCAACACGGGAAUGGUCUGUUCUCCUCCCCACAUUCGUUAUAAGUUCGACAGUCUAGUUAAAUCAUCUUUACCCAUGGUGACUGCCUCUACCACACCCACUUUGACUCCUUCCCCACCUUUUACCAUGCCUGCCAUCACUCCUUGCACCACGCCGGUCGUCACACCUUACACCACACCUACUAUCACCCAUUCACCUGCAACUCCUUUUACCACGCCCGCCAUCACUCCUUGCACCACGCCGGACAUCACACCUCGCAUUACACCGGUCGUCAUACCUCGCACCACACCCGCCAUCACCCAUUCACCUGCGGUCGGGUCUUCCACCACACCUGCUACCACACCCAUGCCAGUUGCACCCACAACUACCAUACCCGCUACCACACCCUCGCUAGCUGCACCCACAACUAUCAUACCUGCUACCACAUCUUCCUCGCUAGCUGCACCCACAACUCUUGUAACACUGGGAACGACGCCUCCAGAGCUUAUUUUUGGGAUGGGAGCCAAUGCUCAAAACCCCAGCAAUUUUGUAGAUGAACGUCCAGCAAAGCGUCAGAAACGGGCUUCAUGCGCACGUGCAGGAGAGACAGAUCUGCCACAGGCUGUCUCCUCCGGCCGAGGGAAACAACAACGAUUUCAAUCCACUCGAGCUGCUGCCGCCAAUGCAAUUGGUUAA